UCGUUUUUACAAUCGGUCCCUGUCACGUGACUCGUGAUGACAGUCCAGACUCUCUGUAUAAAUAACUUCAUCCAUCUGUUAGAGCUGCCAAACUCCAGAGGAGCUGCAGGAAGACACAGGCUGAACCGGUUCACAUGAGACUCGGCUCUUCACUUUGCGCAACUAUAAGACCCCCCGCGUAGGUUGCACUUGAAACUAAAAUGGAACUUCUGGAAAACUCCACAGCGCCGCACAAACGCCUCGUCCCGCAGACGCAGAGCAGCGCGAACUCCCAGGCGGCGGACAAAGGCGACGGGAACGCGUACCUGUACAUAUUGGUCGUCAUGGGUUUCUACGGGGUCUUCCUCUGCGGCAUCAUGCUGGGCUACUUCCGCUCCAAGCGCAGGGAGAAGAGGAGGGUGAACAUCUUCACGCGCCUGGUGCACGAGGAGGAGGAGCGGGAAUGGGGCGCGCUGCCCAAGAAGCACAGCCUCACCUUCGCCCCCGCGCCCGCCGCCGUGUCCGGACUGCCCCCGGUGCAGGGGUCGCUGCCCUCCUGCGGUUACCACGGCGACCACUUGGGCCACCUCCGCCGCGAGGACGCGCCGCCCUCUCCGCUGGCGUGCGCGCUCUGCACGGAGCAGAGCAGCGUCAGCUCCCUGUGCUCCUCCGCGGACACGCGCUUCGCCAUAGAGGAGGAGUCGGACAGCGGCACGGCGGAGGACCCGGGGGUGGAGAACGCGAGGGCGGGAUCCAAGAACGGCGGGGACGAUUCAGGCUGUACUCCGCCCUGAGAAUGCGUGGGUGUCAAUCCUCCGCGGCCAAAAACAGAGGAGAAAAAACAUCAUCUGGAGGGAGGAGAUCUGGCGGCUGUGAAACGUUUUUCCACAUCACAGAAGCCCCCGAAACAACCAGACCACAAAUCCUCUGUUUGGCAUUAACAAACAAAAAUCCAUAUUAUCUGCAGAUGAUCUGCAGAAAAGACCAGGAAACAGUCAAACAGGACUUUGUGGCCAGUGUGACGUGUUUUAGAUCUUUGUCCAGGUCCCAUAUCGAUACUGUUUCUUUAUUUAGCCUUUAUUCUAAAUUAUUAGCAAUAACAUAAAAAAAACUGACUACACUUGUCUUUUUUCUAUAAUCAAUGUGUAGGUAUAAGUUAUCGGUCAUUACGCGAUGAAUCACCAGCCUGGUCAAAAAAGAAAAACACUUGAUUUCAAAACAGUCAACACAAUCAAAUGUGGAGGUGUUGAUAAAAAAAAAACAUAAUACGAUGAUAAUACAUGUAAAUAUAGUGUAAAUAAUUAAAUCCACCAGGUGUACAGAAGAAUGAAACAUAUUAAGAUGAAUCCAGUCAAACACAUUUAUGAAAGUAUUGCACAACUGUGACUAUGCCUCAUCUUGGUGGUGACCCCGCCUCCUCCUGAUGCCACACUGAGAAGCCCCUGGCUGGUUUGGACUGAUGACUCACCCUGCAGGGGACUGAGAGAGAGAGAGAGAGAGAGAGACUGGCUUUUCUUUAUUUUUCUUUGUGGUUGUUUGGACUGAACUUGACUUGCUCUUGCCAUCAUGGUCUCGAGUGUUGAACUGUACCUGGAACCCACUUGAACGACUGAACCGAAGUGUGUGACAGUGACACGCUGUUCACACACAAGACGAUGAUGUAGGUUUUACUUGAAGGAAUGAAAUGCACUGUGCAUAUGGUUUGUAUUUGUCACUCUGUAAGGCUUCAUUUAAGAUGGACUCUUUGUAGUGUUUCAGAUUAAAAAGAAAAAAAGAUGCUUUUGAAUUAA